GAAGAAGAAGAGGAAGAGUCGGCGAGAUCAUCAUCACUGUCCGAUCAAAUCAAAACCAUGUCAACGGCUCUGAUUAACACUGUCACUUACUACCUCUCGGAACAUCCAUACAUCGUCGGAUUCCGUUGGGGCCACAGCCAAUCAUGGGGCUCCACGUGGUGUUUCCUCAUCACCUCAAUCUCCCUCUACAUCGCCGUCUCCUCCUCCCUCCACAUACUCCUCUCCGCCGUCCUCCGCCGUAACCGCUCCGUUCCUCUAGGCCACAUCCCCGAAAUCCACAGCCUCGUCAUGUCGAUUCUCUCCGCCACUAUUUUCGCCGGAAUACUCAUCUCCGCCGCGGCAGAAAUCCGCGACACACGGUGGUUAUGGCGGCGGAGCAAAACCGCCACUCCUCUCCAGUGGCUCCUCUGUUUUCCCCUCGGGACUCGUCCUUCGGGUCGGGUCUUCUUUUGGUCGUACGCGUUUUACCUCACGCGCUUUCUCCAUAUGCUCCGUACGAUCUUCGCCGUUUUCCGUCGCCGGAAAAUCGCCGUGUCUCAGCUCUUUUGCAACUCCGCCAUGGCCUUCACGUCGUUCAUCUGGCUCGAAUUCUCGCAAUCGUACCAGAUUCUAGCAAUUCUAUCGACCACGCUGGUUUACUCUGUGGUUUAUGGUUACAGAUUUUGGACCGGGUUUGGUUUGCCCGGUUCGGCAUUCCCUUCGUUCGUGGUGAAUUGUCAGUUAGUUCUCGUGGGAUGUAAUCUCGUGUCUCACGCUGGGGUUCUUACGAUGCACCUCAUUAAAGGCGGAUGCAGUGGGAUCGGCGCGUGGAGUUUAAACUCUGUGCUCAACGGUGCGAUUUUGUUGCUUUUUCUCAAUUUUUAUAUGAGAAUGCACCCGCUGAUGCGACGCCGUAUCAAUAAUAACACUGAGCUUCAAGUACCAGCGAACGUGACGCAAAAGAAUUAACUUUGUCGCCGGCCGAUGAAUUCGUCGGAAAUGUGUGGCUCUUAGGUUGAUCUUAUUUCCUUUAAUAAAACAAAUCUAAACCUUUUUUUUAGUCACUUAUAAAAUUACUAAUUACUCCUUUUCCUUAAUCUAGUUUUGUAUGUUUGGUAAUGUGUACAUGUACUAGGUAAUACUACUUUGGUUUUGUUGACCUUGUCACACCACGGAUCAGUAGAUCACU